AUGCAUUGGUGGUGUAACAUCUCGUCGGAUAUUUUGCAGAACGCGACUCUCGCCGCCGUCACCUGCUCACAAGAACCUAACAUCAACUCGCAGUGUAUAGCACUAUGCCCAAAUGCCGACUUUACUGGAGUGGGAGUGCGCACAGCGUUCUAUGUACAAAGUCUCAUGAACACUCUACUCGUGGUAUUCUCCCGAAGGGACUCUGUACCCACGACAUGGGCGGCAACACUCCUCACCGGCGCACUUGUGAUCGCGGCCAUGGUUCAAAAGCACAAUCAGAGCAUCACGCUGCAUCAUGCUAUCCUUGUGUUGAACUUCGCGACACUCUCGUGCAUCAGCUCCCUCGCUGUCGCGCCCACGCUCUCCAUCUGGCGUCUCACCCCGCGCGAAUACUACGCCAAGCGCCUCGCACGGGACAUGCUCGACGGUCACCAUGACGACGCCGAAGAAGACCGCUUGAUUGGGGAGGCGGCGGAAGUGAUCACCGGCCGGCGCGAGCGCAAGAUCGCUCGCGCACAGAACAGACAGCGGAUUGUCCUCGCCCUCGCGCUCCUCACCCAGGUCGUCCUCCAGUGGGCGUGGGGCAUCGUCCUGUUCGUCUCGCCCGUGUACUCACAGACGAACUGCUCUGGGGAGACGGCGCUGAUCUUCUUCCUGUGGAGGUUCACGGCGCGGGAGAUCAACGAUAACAUGGUCGUUUGGGUCCUGUGGUUGCUGUUCUCGCUCGGCAUCACGUUGGCGAUGACUGUCAUUCUCGCGCUGUCGAGUCCGGUACGCGCGAGAUCGGGUACACAGCACGCAUCGCCUGCGUCGAGUUUGGGGGCCACGUCGCUUUCGACGUUGUCGACGCCACGACCGCCGGUGUACCGCCAGGUGUUUGAGUCUGCAGCUGGAAUGGUGCCGUCGUGGAAGGAUAGGUCCGGCCAGCUGAUAUUCUGGUAUAACGUCGUGUGUGUCUUCCUAUGGUCCAUCUACAUCAUCUCGUCAGAGAUUCAAAUACAGGCCAACUGCAUCUUCACCGGCGAGAACAGCAUCACAAGCUUCGGUCAGAUCACAGCCCUCCUGCUGUCACUCGCGCCUGUCUGGAGCCUAACAGUGGCCGUAUACCGCUGGCCUCAGAAGCAACGCAGGCUUCAGCGCCGCCGUCGCCACGCGAUGCUCUCUUCCGUCCAAUCCCAGGCCUCCAACCAGUCCGUGGUCGAUAUCAUUGUGUCUAAUCCCGACUACGAUCGUGGUCGCCCACAACGUGGGUCUGACAUCGCCGACGGGAGCAAAGGCCACACGACCGUCGAGAUCAUGGAGACGGCGACGACUGCGCUCCCCACUAGGGAACGCGCGAGGCCAACGGGGAUGUUGCAAUCUGCUCUUCGCGGGGGCCGCGAACGGAGUCGCUCUCAGGAGCCGAACGCCGGGGCGCGGCCACGCUCCCAGGGACCUGGAAUGAGGGCGCGUACCGGGCACACGAAUAUGCCGACUGGGUCGUUGAUGAGCUUUCCGCUUCCGACGAACACGGAGGAGGAGUGGACCGAGCUGGCUACGUUCCCGAGGUAG